AUGGCUGGGAAAGGGGAAAAGGUGUCUAAAUAUGAGACGCUCAAGCUUUUAGAAAAGUGCCGAAAGGAAAGAGACGAUGCUUUGCAACGCGAGAACGCGAUGAGAGAAAAGAUGAGACAAUAUGAGUCAAGAAUGAGAUCGACCGAAGCUCUCAAACCAAAACUAAAGCAACUCAUUUUGGACAACAAGGAGCUGCGGAAACAAGUGAAGACACUGCGGACUGAAAUCGGUUUAGAGGCGAGUCCAAAAUUUGUUGGUAAAACUACAAAGGAUAUCAUUAACGACCUGCGCGAGAAGGAGAGCGAAUGCACUUCGCUUGUUGAAAAGGCGGGAAAAUUAAGUUUGACCAUCGAUGAACUGACUUCUGAACUGGCCAACACAGUAACUUCAAAAACUCUGCUAGAAGAUCAAGUCCAGUCUCUGCAGCAAAACCUAAAGGAUAUGACAAAUAAUCAGCGUCGUCUUCUGAAAUUAUGGGAGGAUAAGAAGGCUCAUCGUGAACAGUUGUCAUUGCCUGCGAUCCCGCAGAGACCCGGGCAAAAGCUCGUGGUGCAUAAAGGCGUCCAGACUGAAAUGUCGAUCAGUUCAAACCAGAUUUUACCAACAAAUGCAUUUGAGACAAAGACGCGCCGAGAUAGCGAUAAAGGCAGAAACCAUUUGGAGAGACGCAGCAUUACUUUAACAAAUGGCACUCACAGAGAGAAACACACUUUAAUUCAGAAUGAAGCGAAAGGAGUACACAACUGAGAAUAAAAGUCUACAACUGCAUUCUUUUAAUAUUACAAAAUGUAUUUUUUGAUUUAUGUAAAUAUAAACUUUUACGUUUUAAAUUUACAGUCCAUACCAAAGAUUGAUUUUUGUGUAACUUUGUUUUAUUUAUGUAGCCUACUUUUAUAAGUGAUUGUUUGAUGUAACUGUGUAUAAUGAAUUAUUAGUGUUUAACAUUAAAUAUAUUUUAUUAUUUUAAUUAAGCUAAUAUCAUUUUUAUAAUAUCAAUGUC